AUAUUUUUUUAUAUUUGGCUCUUUUUGACAAAACAAAGAAAUACAAAAAAAGUUACCACGAAUAUGUGCAGGAUGCAUACAAAAUAUUCACAAAAAUUAAGUUAGAUCGGCACAAAAAAUUCUACCAUCUUGGAAUUAAUCUCCGUAAGCGCACCUUACGGGAGUGCGCUUUUCUAUGCACCACACGGAGAAGAUUUUGGGACGAUAAGGCUAGAGCUAGUAAAAGGUGGCAAAUUAAACAGGUGAUUUUAGAAGAUUUGCAUAUGUCGGAUCAAAGGAUUAUUCGUAACUCAACGAACUACGUGGGUGAAACACGACGUGAAAAAGGGAGGUGAGUCGGAAUAUGUAACAUGCCAGGUGUUCCAAAUUGGGGAAAUUUGUUGGGGUUCGAGAAUCAAACUUCUCCACCUUUGUUUAUUGAUAAGAGAUUUUCCUGCGCUUGGCUCCAAUUAAAUUUCGGUUGGGGUUUAAGGCUUAUAGUUGCUUCUUUACCUUCCUUUUUUUCUCGUAUUAUUCUUAGUCAUUAUUGUCCGCUAGUUCAUGCUAUUGGUCAUAUAUUAGAAGAGGAUUAUCAGAAGGCAACAGCUGAUCACUGUUGAUAUAUAUAUAUAGUCGUGUACAGAGUCAGAUGGAAGUUAAUCUACGCAAUGGAG